GAGGCCCAGGGUGACCCCCAGACCCCCCCAAGACCCCAGCUGACGACCCUCCUCAAGGCCCCCCCUCAGGUCCCCCAAACCCUCAGAGUCCCCCAGAGCCUCACAAACCCCAAUCCUACAAACCCCUCAUCUCACAAGUCCAGAGCUCACAGCCCCGCAGACCCUGCAAGCCCACAGCCCCAUCUCCACCCUCCUCACACCCCAACAUCCCGGGCAUGGCCCUUCCAGCCCUCCCCGUCCCCCCGGGGGGGCCCGUCCCCCUGGGUGGGUAUUUAGGGCCGGGCCGGUGGCACCCAGCCCCCCUUGCCCCCCGCCAUGCUGAGUGUGCUGCUGCUCCUGGGGGGCCUGGCCCCCGCCCUGCCCGCUGGUCCGCACUGGACGUAUGAGGGCCCCCAUGGGCAGCAGCACUGGCACGAGGGACACCCAGAGUGUGGGGGUCGAGCGCAGUCACCCAUCGACAUCGCGACGGCGCGGGCACAGCCGGACCUGUCGCUGCCGCCGCUGCAGCCUGAGGGCUACGAGCACCCCGAGAGCCCCCGGCUGAGCCUCGCCAACAACGGCCACACCGCCGUGCUGGCACUGCCACCGUCACUGCGGCUCCGGGGGCUGCCCCACACCUUCACUGCCGUGCAGCUCCACUUCCACUGGGGCCGGCCUGGCCACGCUGCUGGCGCUGAGCACCUGCUGGACGGGCACCGCGCCCCCGCCGAGAUGCACGUGGUGCACUUCGACGCCGAGCGUUUCGCCGAUGCCAGCGCGGCACAGCAGCACCCCGGCGGGCUGGCCGUGCUCGGCGUCCUCCUGGAGGUGGGAGAUGAUCCCCACCCUGCCUAUGACAACAUCCUGAAGCAUCUUGGCAGCAUCCGCUACGCAGGGCAGACGGUGGCCAUCCCCUCCUUCAGCAUCCGGGACCUGCUGCCUGCGCACCUCGACCGCUACUAUCGGUACAACGGGUCCCUGACCACCCCACCCUGCUUCCAGAGCGUCCUCUGGACCGUCUUCCCGCAGCCCGUCCGCAUCAGCCGGGCCCAGCUGGAGCAGCUCCAGGGAAGCCUUUACUCCACGGAGGAGGCCGAGCCGGAGGAGCCCCAGCUCCUGGUGGACAAUUUCCGCGCCCCACAGGAGCUGAACCUGCGUUCGGUGCUCUCGUCCUUCCCCAGAGAGCCAGAGGGAUACUCCACAGGUAGGGCCAGGCCGGGAGGCUGGGCUGGGGGGUCACCCCUGCACCCCCCUGAGCCCCCCGGUGUCACACAGGUGAGGUCAUCGCCAUCAUCUUUGGCACCGUCGCCGGCUGCGUCGGCCUCUUCCUCGCCGUCCACUUUGGGGCCAAGCGGAUGCGCGCGAGGCGGGCACAGGCGCAGGACGUCGUGUUCAAGGCUUCCUCCCGCCGCUCCCCCAUGGCCACUGGACACUCCCGCUGACCCCCAGGCUGGGCUGGGAGGGGCCCACACUGUCCCCCACACUGUUAAUAAAGCCCUUUCCCCCUCCUGGUGCCUCUUUCUGGGGAGGGAACAGGGGCCUUUGAGGAGCUUUGGAGCUGGAUCCCAUCACCCCCAAGACACCAGAACCCCCCAGGGCUGGAGCAGAGCACAAUGGGGGAAGCGACCCCUCUCCCCCCUCCCCUUCUCCCCACCAGCCACAGUGUCCCGUGCUCUUGUAAAAGGGUUUUACUCUGAAUCAAAAAAUAAUUUAGCCCCCGCUGCACCUCAAACCCCCCUGGGAGCUGAACAGGGGUGAGAGAAGGGCAAAGCAUUCCAGUCCCAGUGCCCCCCACCCCAGAGCAUCAGCCCCAGCACCACUGGCUGCUCCGGGGGCAGGGACCACCCCAGGGUGACAAACACGAGAGAACGGGGGGGUCCUGCCCCGAGUUCCCCAGCCCUGGAGCUCCCCCUGGACUCUGCCUCUUAAGAUCCAGACACAGGAAGGGAGACCCUGAUGGAUAUGCCAGAAAAGG